CAGUCGUUGAAAACGCCCCAUCCUGCUCCGGAAAAUUGGAAGGAGACGUAUGAUGCUAUCAAGGGUAUGCGUGCGCGCAUCACUGCCCCAGUCGAUACCAUGGGGUGCGAUCAGGCCCAGUACAAAGAGCAGGAUCCCAAGAACCAGCGAUUUGCGACGCUCGUCUCGCUCAUGCUAUCGUCACAAACUAAAGACGAAGUGACGGACGCGGCGGUAUCGAAGCUGCGCGACGCGAUCGGUGGCAGUCUUAGUGUCGAGGCUUUAAUAGCUACGGAUGACGACAAGAUUUCAGAUGCUAUAUGCAAGGUUGGUUUUUGGCGACGCAAGACCGGAUACUUAAAGCAAGCCGCUCAACGGCUGCGUGAUAAUUUCGACUCAGACGUCCCGAAGACUGUAGAUGAAUUGUGCUCACUCCCUGGCGUUGGACCCAAAAUGGCGUUCUUGGCUUUGCACACAGCGUGGAACCUAAACGUUGGAAUUGGAGUGGAUGUCCAUGUCCAUCGUAUCACUAAUCGUCUCAAGUGGCAUAAACCGCCAACCAAGAACCCAGAAGAGACGCGGCUAAAUCUGCAGUCAUGGCUCCCUUCAGACUUACAUCGUGAGAUCAACCAUCUACUCGUCGGAUUCGGUCAGGUGGUCUGUUUGCCCGUUGGCCCCCGCUGUGAUCAGUGCACUUUAAGCACGAGCUGUCCGAGCGCUCAA